AUGGAAGAAUACAACUAUGAAGAUGACGGGUUCUUCAGCACAUCCAAUGUCAGCAUCCAGGAGCAUGAACACUUCCUGCAGUUCAAGAAUAUCUUCCUGCCCUGCACAUAUAUAGUGGUGUUUCUCUGCGGCCUGGUGGGGAACUCCCUAGUGCUGAUCAUAUCCAUCUUCUACCAGAAGCUGCAGAGCCUGACAGACCUGUUCCUGGUGAACCUGCCCCUGGCUGACCUGGUGUUUAUCUGCACUCUGCCCUUCUGGGCCUAUGCAGGCAUCCAUGAGUGGGUCUUUGGCAUGGUCUUGUGCAAGACCCUCCGGGGCAUCUACACAAUAAACUUCUACACGUCCAUGCUCAUCCUCACCUGUCUCACUGUGGAUCGUUUCAUUGCAGUGGUUCAGGCCACCAAGGCCUACAACCAGCAGGCCAAGAGGAUGGCCUGGGGCAAGGUCAUCUGCUUGAUCAUCUGGUUGAUCUCCCUGCUGGUUUCCUUGCCCCAGAUCAUCUACGGCAAUGUCUUUCAUCUUGACAAGCUCGUCUGUGAUUACCAUGCUGACGGGAUUUCCACUGUGGUUCUUGCCACCCAGAUGUCACUGGGGUUCUUCCUGCCACUGCUCACAAUGAUUGUCUGCUACUCAGUCAUAAUCAGGAAGCUGCUUUAUGCCCGAGGUUUCCAGAAGCACAGAUCUCUAAAGAUCAUCUUCCUGGUGGUGGCUGUGUUCCUGCUGACUCAGACACCCUUCAACCUCAUGAAGCUCAUCCAAAGCACAAGCUGGGAGUAUGAUACCAUGACAAGUUUUCAUUAUGCCAUUACAGUGACGGAGGUCAUUGCAUACCUGCGAGCCUGUCUUAACCCUGUGCUCUAUGCCUUUGUCCGCCUGAAGUUUCGGAAGAACUUCUGGAAACUUGUGAAGGACAUUGGCUGCCUCCCUUGCCUUGGGGUCUCACAUCAAUGGAAGUCUUCUGAGGACAAUUCCAAGACAUUUUCUGCCUCCCACAAUGUGGAGGGCACCAGCAUGUUCCAGCUGUAG